AUGUUUUCCAGCCUUCUUUAUUUGAAUAGCCAUCUUCUGAAGUUCUUGAGAUCAUUCAAGUCUUUGUCCCACAGCUCUACCUCUUUUCUGCUCAGUCAUCAUUUUCCAGCCUUCUUAGAUUAUUUUGAAUGGCCAUCUUCCCAAGUUCAUGAGAUCCAAUUCAAAGUCUUUGACUUUGUCACAGCUCUACCCUCUUUCUGCUCAGUCAUCAUUUUUCCAGCCUUCUUAGAUUAUUUGAAUGGCCCAUCUUCUGAUUCUGAGAUCAAGAGAUCCAAUUCAGUCUUUGUCCACAGCUCUACCUCUUUCUGCUCAGUCAUCAUUUUCAGCCUUCUUGAUUUAUUUGAAUGGCCAUCUACUGAAAUUCAUGAGAUCAAUUCAAGUCUUUGUCCCUGCUCUACCCUCUUUCUGCUCAGUCAUCAUUUUCCAGCCUUCUUAGAUUAUUUAGAUGGCCAUCUUCUGAUUCAUGGAUCAGAUCCAAUUCAAGUCUUUGUCACAGCUCUCUCCUCUCUGCUCAGUCAUCAUUUUUCAGCCUUCUUAGAUUAA